GACAACCCAAGGUCGAUGGGUCCGUUCCAGUGCGUACUCUGCCGGAACGGACUCCCAAGAGAAUAGAAUACGAACAAAGGACAACAAAAGACAGCUUCCAGUGCCCUGGGUCGUUAUAUAGGUAGCUUCACAACUUGCAAUGGAAUUAAGUUGUUUGGUCAUGCCUCCGAAGGUCAUGCCUCCGAAGGUCAUGCCUCCGAAGAAGGAUAAGGUAGCUAAGAAGGCGAAGAGCCGAGCGGGAGCUAAAAAGAAGGGGGCCAAGGCCAACGCGGCCCGCCCAGCGCCAGUCAACGAGCAGCAUCUGCUCCGUGCCCGUCAGUUGCUUCGGUUCAUAGAUGCGGGCAAUGCCAACGCAGACAGGAUCGUGGAGUCGGACAUAGCAUGGGCUCGCCGGCUUCAGCCCAACUUCGACCCGGGCGAUGCGGACCAGCUUGACGGCGACGAGGCCUACCCGCCAAACUGGGCCACCAACACGAGAUCACUCUCGUCUUUCCUCGCCAGUUGGCGGAGGCUCAUCCACGCCGCUAGACAAGACGAAGAGGAAGAACAAGAGCAAGAGCAAGAGCCUAAGGCCGAACCUUCACCACGGCCCGCUGCUCCCUCCAAGCCCCCCAAAUCCCAGCCGAAAGUUGGAGCCCAAAGAGAAACCCCUGCCGCCGCCGGCACGUCUCUCAAGUUCAGGUCCACUCCGUCAAGCAGCCCCAGUGUGAACCGCUCCUCAGCCUCGCCCCUUUCACGGAAAAGAAAGCGAGGGCCACCCUCGCCCAUCUCGGCAGUCGUAAAGCGAGAGCCGGCCCCGUCUCCUUCUCCAAACGCAAGCCGGGCGCCAGCACGACCCAUCAAGGCGGCUACGGACACGAAGGGCAAGGGCAAAGCGACCGCUGCCGCCGCACCCCCGCCGACGGUCAAGAAGCAGCUCCGCAUCGUCGAGCGAGUGGGCGACAUCUUCGCCGCGCCGGCCAACUCCGUCCUGAUCCACACGUGCAACUGCAUCGGGUCGUGGGGCGGGGGCAUUGCCGCCGCGUUCCGGCUGCGCUAUCCGACGGCCUUUGCUGUCUACCGCGACCACUGCCAGCGGCUGUCGCCAGACGAGCUGCUCGCGACGGCGCUACUGAUCGCGCCGCAGGAGGCCGGUUACGAAAACGACGACGAUGACGAUGAUGAAGAGGAGGACGACGGUGGCGCCACGAGCAAGAAAUCUCCGCAGCGACGGAGGAAGUCCAAGUCCGAGUCAAAACAGCAGCAGCAGCAGCGGAAACCACCGCCGCACUACAUCGGGUGCCUGUUCACGAGCAGGCGCGUGGGCCAGGACCGCGACUCGCCCGCCAGCAUUCUGAGGGCGACAAAGCCUGCGAUGCAGGACUUGAUGCAACAGGUUCUGGCGAUCGACGCGGAAAGUCACAUUAUCUCCGAGCUGCGCAUGUGCCAGAUCAACACGGGCCUGUUCAAUGUGCCGUGGGCGAGCACCAGGCAGGUCAUUGUUGCGCUGCACGUUGAUGUUCCUAGUAACGGCGGCGACUUUAUUGACGGCGAUGAUGAUGAUGACGAGCCGCUGCUCCGAAUUGCGGUGUGGCAUCGCCAGGCUGACUGGAUUCCGAAUUCAUAAAGUGAUAUAAAAAAAGAUUUAAAGCAUAGAAAAAAAGAAUAUUGCAUAUUGUGUGUGUCUUUGUCUUAAUCGUCUUGAACAAGC